AUGGCCAAAAAAAUGGAAGUCCGAAAAACAUCGUCGUUGUUAAACACUGCAAUAGACGCGUUAUUGCAAAUUUUGGCACAUACCUGUGGAAUAUCAUUAUCAUUUGUACCUCUAUUGUUUACAUAUUUAAACAUAACUCAAAAAGAUUAUUUCAUUGAUGAAAAGUUUCAUGUUCCACAAACCAUUCAGUAUUGCAAUGGAAAUUUUUUUGAAUGGGACCAGAAAAUAACAACUUUACCAGGGCUGUAUCUUUUUGCAGCUGCAAUACUUGGGCCUUUCAAAUUUUGCACAAUCACCCAUUUGAGACUUCUUAAUGUAUUUUUCACAUAUAUAAACGUGUGGCUAGCUUAUCUCAUUUUAAAUAAGCAGAGGAGAGAGAAAGUGACCAAGCAAGAAGAAAACUUAAGGGUUUACUCAUUAUUUUUAAGAGCCUGGAACAUUGCUUUCUUUCCUCCACUGUUUUUCUGGUUUUUCUUGUACUAUACUGACGUUUUUUCAGUCACUUUGAUCCUGCUGAUGUUCCUCUGUUAUAUUAGCAGAAAAGACAAGUCAGCAGCUUUUGUUGGUUUACUAACAAUCUGUGUUAGACAGACCAAUGUUAUUUGGGUUGCCUACAUAGGCAUUGAACGAGGAUUUGAUGCAAUAGAUCAGCUUACAAAAAAGCCACAGUAUACCAACACCCUUAAUCUCUUUCCUUGCAUUAAGACCUUAUUUGGAAUUUUUCGAGCAAAAGCUAGACAUGGAACUGUAAAAUUUCUGCAGUUUACUAAAUCAUUUUGUAUGCCAUUUAUACAUUAUCUUUUAGUUUUGAUAGCUUUUGCAGUUUUUGUUACAUACAACAAUGGAAUAGUUGUAGGAGACAGGAGUGCUCACAAACCUACGAUUCAUGCUGUACAAAUUUUUUACUUUUCUAUGUUUGUAAUAGCUUUUGCAUGGCCAUAUCUGUUGCCAUAUAUCUCGAAACCGUUAGAAUUACUAUCAGAUCACAUAGUUGCAUCAACUUGCAUAAUUGGAGUGAUUGUUCAUCAUAAUACUCUAGUUCAUCCAUAUAUAUUGGCAGACAAUAGACAUUACUCAUUUUACGUGUGGAAAAAUUUAAUGAAUCGCUAUCACUUAUUCAAAUAUUUACUGGUUCCUAUGUAUGCAUUUGCUCUUCAUGCUAUUUUAAAAUCUAUUAGUCACAUGAGAAAAUUAUCUAUUUUAUCAUUAGCAUUUUGUACAUGUGCAGUACUUGUACCUCAAUUGUUACUUGAACCAAGAUACUUCAUUAUUCCUUAUAUUUUAUACAGACUUCAAUUAAAGGAACCCAAGCACUGGCAACUAGUAGCUGAAACUGUUACGAUUAUUCUUGUCAAUAUUUUUCAGUUUUACUUGUUUACAAGUAAAUCAUUUAGUUGGGCAGAUGAGAAACAUCCCCAAAGAAUUGCAUGGUAAAUUAUUUUUGAAUGCAAUAAACAAUGUUUGAA